UGUUAUUUGCUUUUGGUUUGUAGAUUGUAGCAAUUAAACAAUUGGACCGUAAUGGACUACAAGGAAACAGAGAAUUCCUUGUCGAAGUUUUGAUGCUGAGUCUGCUUCACCAUCCUAAUCUUGUUAACUUAAUUGGAUAUUGUGCUGAUGGAGAUCAGAGACUUUUGGUUUACGAGUAUAUGCGAUUAGGAUCUUUGGAAGAUCAUCUACAUGACCUACCCCCAGAUAAAAAACAGCUUGACUGGAACACAAGAAUGAAGAUAGCUGCAGGUGCUGCAAAAGGGCUGGAGUAUUUGCAUGACAAAGCUAAUCCACCCGUUAUUUAUCGUGAUUUAAAAUGCUCAAACAUUUUACUUGCUGAAGGCUAUCACCCGAAGCUAUCUGAUUUUGGCUUGGCAAAGCUGGGUCCUGUUGGUGACAAAACCCAUGUAUCCACCAGGGUAAUGGGAACAUAUGGAUAUUGUGCACCUGAAUACGCAAUGACUGGUCAGCUCACCCUAAAAUCAGAUGUUUAUAGCUUUGGAGUUGUUCUUCUUGAGAUAAUCACUGGCAGAAAAGCUAUUGAAAAUUCCAGAGGUGCUGGGGAACACAAUCUGGUCGCAUGGGUAAGACAUUAUCUUCUUCAGUUUGAUGUUUCCUUCGCUUUUGUGAAAAUAAUUGCAAGAGAUUUCCGUCACAAUACGCGACGGGCGAACUUGAUUGAUUUUUUGUCAGUUAUGAGUUAUCAGAACCAACGAGCAGAAUGCCAAAUCUCUUUCUUGUUAUAAAUG